AUGCGGGCCGCGUCGCGCCGCCUUAUAAAGGGCGCCCGUCCGGCAGUCGGGCAGUCACACAUCCACUCUUCUCGCCGGCACUCGGACGGAGCGCGAGGAGAGCGGAGCCCUGCCACACUGACAGACACCCGGCCGGCACAGCGCCCGCCGCAGCCCCGUCCCCGGCGCCGCGAGGAGAACCGCCCCAAGGGAAGCUUCCGGCUCACCUCGGCUCACCUCCGCCGGGCAGCCGACGCCGCUGCCUGCCCGACCGCCGCCGCGCGCCGCCCACAAGCCGGCCGACCGCUUGCAGGAUGCGUCCACGCCACCCUCGGCCCCCUUCGCCGCCAGCCUGCUUCCUCCGCCUCCUCAAGCCCGGUAAGCUUCUGCCGGCCCGCGGCGCCGCCGCCCCUGCCCCGUACCGGCGGUCCCGGCGACAGCCCUGACGUCUCCCUUCUCCCUCUCUCCCCCGCACUCGCAGGAGGCGGCACGGCCAGGAGUGCAGGCGGGCAGUGCCAGUGCGGCGCGGGGCCCGCGCCCACUUGCCCCGCCGGCGUCCUCCCACUGGUGCUCGACGUCGGCUGCUGCCGCGUCUGCGCCAAGCCGGGCGAGCUCUGCACCGAGCGCGCCUGCGACCACCACAAGGGGCUCUUCUGCGACUUCGGGUCCCCCGCCAACCGCAGGAUCGGCGUCUGCACGGCUCGGGACGGUGCCCCGUGCGUCUUCAGCGGCAUGGUGUACCGGAGCGGAGAGUCCUUCCAGAGCAGCUGCAAGUACCAGUGCACCUGCCUGGACGGGGCGGUGGGCUGCGUGCCCCUCUGCAGCAUGGACGUCCGCCUGCCCAGCCCCGACUGCCCCUACCCGCGCCGGGCGAAGCUUCCUGGAAAGUGCUGCGAGGAGUGGGUCUGCGAUGAGACUAAAGAGCAGACUGCCGUGGGACCUGCUCUUGCUGCUUACAGACUGGAAGACACUUAUGGUCCAGAUCCAACAAUGAUGCGUGCCAACUGCCUGGUGCAGACCACAGAAUGGAGUGCUUGCUCCAAGACCUGUGGCAUGGGCAUCUCUACCAGAGUCACCAAUGAUAAUGCCUUCUGCAGACUGGAGAAACAGAGUAGACUUUGCAUGGUCAGACCUUGUGAAGCAGACCUGGAGGAGAACAUCAAGAAAGGCAAAAAGUGCAUUCGCACCCCCAAAAUCUCCAAGCCUGUGAAGUUCGAGCUGUCUGGCUGCACCAGCGUGAAGACCUACAGAGCCAAGUUCUGUGGUGUCUGCACUGACGGGCGCUGCUGCACACCCCACAGAACAGCCACCCUCUCUGUGGAGUUCAAGUGCCCUGAUGGGGAGAUCAUGAAAAGGAAAAUGAUGUUCAUCAAGACCUGCGCGUGCCACUACAACUGCCCUGGAGACAAUGACAUCUUUGAGUCUCUGUACUACAGGAAGAUGUAUGGAGACAUGGCAUAAAGCCAGAAGGAGACGCUGAGUAGAUUCUCAACUUGAACUGAUUUGCAUCUCAUUUUGUAAAACAUGAUUCAAUAGCACAAGGUAUUUAAAUCAGUUUUUUUUUUCAAUUUCAACAAACUGCUCCAUGUGACUUAAGACAAUUUUUCUACUGACCCCAAACGGUGGUUUGAAGAAGGUAAAAAUGGACAGUGGGACCACAGCAAGACACAGCUUCAGAACACGUUUUUCUUGAGGUGGUGGGACGACGUUAAGGGAAAUAGGCAGGAAAAGCAGAUUCAAGCAAAUGUUCCCUUAAUGUGGUACAGCGUGGUUCAUCUAGUAGUGCAAUUGAGAAGCAGACCGUUGGCAUGUUUGCUGGCACUGGUUUAGUGACAGCAACAGCUGGAAUGCAAACACCCAGCCAAGUGAUAAGUAGAAGGUGUUCUGUUAGUCAGGACAGUAAUGUUUCAACUCUGACACUCUGAUUCGGAUGGCUUGGUCAACAAGAAUCAGAAUCAUGUCUAUUAGACUGGACAGCUUGUGGCAGUUAAUUUACCUGUAACAAGCUACUUUUUAUUAAUAUUGUAAAUACUGUGUGUAUAUAUCUUUGUACAGUUAUCUAAAUUAAUUUAAAGUUUUGUGCUUUUGUUUAAUGCUUUGAAAGUUCACUGGUAGCCUUCUUUUUUGGAACAAGAUAGGUAAGAUUUAAAGCUUGUUUGACAAUGCAUUCAAAGCAUGAAAUAGAUACUCUAGUGGAAAUUGCUCAGAUAGGGCCAAAUGGUGAGUUGAGGUCAAGAUGAAGUUGAGGUGCCUGUAGUGUUACAAAGCAUUCAUCUGGCAAAAUAUGUUUACUCACACUUUAUAGGACAAGUGGCUUUAAGAAAAAUGGCUCUUCUGUAGCUCUUCAGUCUUUCCGCUCGAGCAUUUGUUUCUUUCUUUGACUAUGGCUCUUUUUGGACAGUUUAUUUGUUGAGAAGUGUGACCAAAAGUUACAUGUUUGCACCUUUUUAGUUGAAAAUAAAGUAUUUAUAUUUUUAUAUAAAUAUA